AUGGCUUCUGAUUCCCCUUUCCCUGUCACCGCUCGAAACAUCAAUCCCAAGGUUUUGAAAUGUGAGUACGCUGUUAGAGGAGAGGUUGUCACACUUGCUCAGAAUUUGCAGAAGGAUUUAAAGGCCAAUCCCGGUUCUCAUCCAUUUGAUGAGAUACUUUACUGCAACAUUGGAAAUCCUCAGUCUCUUGGCCAGCCUCCAAUAACCUUUUUCCGAGAGGUUCUUGCAUUAUGCGAUCAUCCAGCUAUAUUGGACAAAAGUGAAACACAUGGUUUGUUCAGUGCUGAUGCAAUAGAACGAGCUUGGCAGAUUGUGGAACAGAUUCCUGGUAGGGCAACUGGUGCCUAUAGCCACAGUCAGGGUAUCAAGGGUUUGCGUGAUACAAUAGCUGCUGGGAUUCAAGAGCGUGAUGGUUUUCCUGCCAAUCCGGAUGACAUUUUCAUGACAGAUGGUGCAAGCCCUGCAGUCCAUAAUAUGAUGCAAUUACUCAUUAGAUCAGAAAAUGAUGGUAUUCUGUGUCCCAUUCCACAGUACCCUCUGUACUCGGCCUCAAUUGACCUCCAUGGUGGUUUCCUGGUACCUUAUUAUCUGGAUGAAGCAACAGGUUGGGGGUUGGAAAUACCUGAACUCAAGAAGCAAUUGGAGGCUGCCAAGUCUAAGGGAAUCAAUGUUAGGGCUUUAGUUGUUAUAAAUCCAGGCAAUCCAACGGGGCAGGUUCUUUCUGAGGAGAAUCAGCGGGAUAUAGUAGAAUUUUGCAAGAGAGAAGGUUUGGUUCUUUUAGCUGACGAGGUAUAUCAAGAAAAUGUUUAUGUUCCUGACAAGAAGUUUCACUCAUUCAAGAAGGUAUCUCGGUCCAUGGGAUAUGGUGAGAAUGACAUCACCUUAGUAUCAUUUCAAUCAGUCUCUAAAGGUUACCAUGGGGAGUGUGGGAAACGAGGAGGGUACAUGGAGGUGACUGGCUUUUCUGCAGAAGUGAGGGAACAAAUAUAUAAAGUGGCAUCUGUCAACCUUUGCUCUAAUAUCUCUGGUCAAAUUCUUGCAAGCUUGGUCAUGAGUCCACCUAAGGUUGGAGACGAGUCCUAUGAAUCAUUCAUGGCUGAGAAGGAAAAUAUUUUGUCAUCGCUUGCAAGGCGUGCAAAGACACUAGAAGAUGCAAUCAACAAAUUAGAGGGUGUAACAUGCAACAAAGCAGAAGGGGCAAUGUAUCUGUUCCCCCAAAUUCGCCUGUCCCAAAAGGCUAUCAAAGCUGCAGGGGAUGAAAAUACUGCACCUGAUAACUUCUAUUGCAAGCGCUUGCUUAAUGCCACAGGAGUAGUAGUUGUUCCUGGUUCUGGUUUUGGACAGGUUCCUGGCACAUGGCAUUUCAGGUGCACCAUUUUGCCUCCAGAAGAAAAGAUUCCAGCCAUUGUCUCCCGUUUGACAGAGUUCCAUGAAAACUUCAUGAAUGAGUUCCGUGACUAA